AGUCAUUUGCACUUUUUAAAAUAACAGCUUACUUUGAUCAUCUGUGACCUUUUGCACGCAGUUUGUUUAACGGCUAAAUAAAAGCCACGUGGGGUUUCGACCUAUUGCGCAACCCCCCCUCCCGCGUGCGUGUUGUAUUUAAUGUGGUUUCCUAUCUUUAUAUUUAUACUUGCACAGAUUAAUAAUUCCGUGUACGUGCAAAACCCGCGUGGCAAUAAUAUCCCAUUCUGAAGUCUAACGUGUUUCCAGGCCGAUCUGCUGCAGGUUGUCCUUGGACCUCCCCGCGUGCACUUUAAACUUUCAGGGCCCGUGGCCAUGUUUUCACGUGUCUGCCUUUUGUCCACACGAGGCCAGAGAGACAUUCAGUGGAGUGUCCAGCUUCCAUUAGCACGAUGCAGCUCGUGUACCUCUGAGACAACAUACUUCAUACUGCGUUAUUGUUUUUAAUCUGUUAAACGUCAACAUUAAAGUUUCACGCAGAAACUUGUUAUCAGCUAUAUUUUGUGGUAUCACUAGUGGUAGAUGUAUCUUGAUUCCCCACAGAACCUAAGACACAAACGACUAUUGUAUUUUUAUUAAUGCCACAAGGAUAUUUUCACACGUUUAGUUUUGAUCCUGACAUUUGAGAGCGUGAAAGGAUUGUUUGACGUUUUGAAAAUGUCUCAAAAGACGUAGAUCUGAGUAACAAUGAACAGGAUACGAAUCCACGUUUUGCCGUCAAGUCGGAACCGGGUGACCCAGACCCCCCGACCGCAGGAGCCUCAGAUCUGCUCCUUUACCCAGCGACCAUGCUCUCACCCCCGUCUGGAAGGCCUGGAUUUCUGCCUCAAGCACAUCCUGGAGGACAAGAACGCCCCGUACAAGCAGUGCAGCUACGUCUCGUCCAAGAACGGCAAGCGCUGUCCCAACGCCGCACCGAAAGUAGAGAAGAAAGAAGGCGCGAUGCUCUGUGCAGAACACGCUCGCAGGAACGCCAUGGCUCUCCGAGCUCAGACGAGAAAGGCGGCUUCCGCUCCAUCCCCAGAAGCACUGUUGUCUCAGCUGAGUGGCUUCAACCGCGCAGAGACACACGGCCUUGAUGGAGGUCGUUCAGAAGGAAGUCGUGUUGUAGAUGAAGACAGUCUGAGUGAUGAGGAGCAGGGACCACUGGUUCUCGACCAGACGUGGAGAGGAGACCCUGACAGCGAAGCAGACAGUGUUGACAGUGAUCACGAGGAUCCUCUAAAACAUGCCGGUGUUUACACAGCAGAGGAGGUUGCUCUCAUCACCCGGGAAAAGCUCAUCAGGCUCCAGUCGCUCUACAUCGACCAGUUCAAACGCCUGCAGCACCUGCUGAAGGAGAAGAAGCGCAGAUACCUGCACAACCGCAAAGUGGAGCAUGAAUCUCUCGGCAGCGGUCUGCUGACAGGUCCUGAAGGACUGUCCACGAAGGAAAGGGAGAACCUGAAGAAGCUCAAAGCUCUGCGUCGAUACCGUCGUCGGUAUGGCGUGGAAGCACUGCUGCAUCGGCAGCUGAGGGAGCGGAGGCAGUCGGUGUCAGAAGGGUCUCUUCAGCCACACUCAAGAACCGUGUACGAGAAAUGCGUCUCGUUCGUGGAGGGAACCCGGUGUAUCAAUCCCUGCCUGCCUAUGACCCGGCACUGUGUCUUACACAUUUACCAGGACGGCAAUCAGGUGCUUUUCAAAAUGUGUCCCGGCCUGAAAGACGUCCCCUGUGAGCGCACCGUGCACAUGGGUCAGUCCGACGACCCUCGCUGCCCGCUUCACCUCACCCUGCCUCCCCCCAUGUACCAGCCGGAGCAGGAAACGCCGCCACAGGAGCAGCUCGCCCUCGCAAGCAGAGACAUGUAUCUGAGUGCAGCAGAGCUUCAGCCCACAGAGAGCCUCCCCUUAGAGUUCAGUGAUGACCUGGAUGUGGAAGGGGACGGGAUGCAGGGCCCGCCGUCGCCUCUUCAGUUUGACACGGCUCUGGCCCUGGAGGACCAGACUAUCAGAGCCAUCGCCGAGGCCCCGAUGGACAUCCUGACCGGAGAGGACCCAGACCAGGUGGACCUGGACGCCUCAGGACACGAGCUUUCAGAAAGAGAUAUGGAUUCCAUCAUGGACGACCACGUUCACUCGUGAUCUGGGUCCUCGUCUGCCUUCACAUCCUGUGAUGAUGGAAUCUUCAUUGUAUGUCACACUGUUAUAAUCUGGUCCAAUAAAAUCCUGGCGACUGUCGGACUGAACAAGAACAUUGAAAUAAAGUUCUCCUGCACUUGACUUGCACUGUGGACUCUGCAUGGCUUCAUGUCCAGGUUCAACUCGUUCUGUGACAAA